UCAACGACCUAUUCUCGAAAUUGUUGACAUCAAUAAAGAAGUAGAAAACAGUAAUUCACUUGCUUCGAGUUUGUUGGAAAGUGGUAAAAGCCCCUCAAAUCCUAUUUUAAAUGCCCUUUUAACAAAUGAAAAAGAUGGAGAUGACAUUCACAAUGAUUUUGAGGAGAUGGACCCUCAAGCAACAAGCUCCCUACGAGGACGUGACCCUGCCUCUGACACUUUCUGCGAGGAUGACACUAAAGAUUCAGAUAAUUCUUAUGAACCACAUUCAAAUAAUGAUUCAAUUAGCCGCAAAAGUCCUGAUUGUGUUGAUGAGAUGCGAAUCAGCCAAUCGCCAAUGACUGAUUCAAAUUUAAGUGGGAACGAGAUCGAGGCAAUAAAUGAAACCACUAACAAAACGGCUGUUAGCAACUCUGCUAACCAGAUUGAUAAAUUUUCAGCUAUUCAGGUCAUGAAACUGCAGUAUGAGAAACUCAGUAGACUUGAAAAGUCACACGAAAAGCUCCAAACGACUAUUGAAGAAAUACGCCAACUUUUAUUGAACAGAACAGAAGUUCUCCACCAUCCAAAGGGCCUCCCAAGCCUCCCCUUCACAACAUUCGAGAAUGCUAAAACUGCUGAAGAUCUCACAAAUGGAAACCCUUCCAUAAAGGAUUAUAUUGUAAAAAAAUUAAUGUUUGCAAGCUCUGGGAAGUGUGAGAAGAAUUGCUCAAAGAAAGUUAUGGCUCUUCUUAUGACAAAUCACACAGGAACAUUCUUUAACUGGAAAGGCGGAAAAGGAAAGCAGCCAUUUGGGAGCUGGCAUUUAAAAGAAAUAGUGAUCACGGCAAUUAAAAAAUUGAGAGGAGACAAACUAGACACAGGAAAGGCAGAAGAUGGUAUAAAGGAAUGGUUGAAAGAAAGAU